AUGGUCACAAUAAACCAUUUCAACAAGGAUGUGGCUGCCCACAAGAAGAUGAUCUACAAAAACCUAUGUGCCAACGUCAUACGUAACGAGAAUAUAAUAACCACACAAGCAAAAGCUAGACAAGCACAACCUCAUAUUGAACGAUUCUUGGGCAAAGCACUCGCUGAGAGUAAACAACUUGCCAGAUCUACUACUACUACUACUACUACUACCACAAGCAGCAGCAACAACAACCCUGGAGAAAAACUACUCCAAAUCAAGGCUUUUGACUACUUGCAGCCUCCAGACAAGCAAGAUGUGGGAUUGAAAGUGAUUCGCGAAUUGACCCAACGGUACGCAAAUAGAGACCACGGGUUCACGAGGAUAAUCAAAUUGGAGCCUCGAUUGGGUGAGGAUAAGGCACCUAUGUGUGUGUUGGAGUUGGUCGAUUCCAAAUAUGAGAUCAAGUUGUGGUUUACUGCAAAGGCUGUUGCCAAGUUGGAGUUGCAGAAUAUACCAUUGGAUGAUAUAACUGAGUUGAAUGUGAAGAAGUUGACUAGUGGCAGACCUGAUGGCGAGCAAGUGUUUAGAAAUGCUGUUGAAACUUGUAAAAAGGAGUUCUUUAAGAACGGAAUAGAAGAAAAAGAAGUAGGAGGAGGAGGGGGAGAAGAAAGAGAUGGUACUGAUUCUGCCACUGCUACCACCACAAUCGACGAUGAGAAAUUGAGGAAGCUGUUGGAGAGCUUGCCUAAUAUGGAAAGACACACUGGUGAAUUGAAGGGGAAAUUGUUGGUUUCGAAAAAGUAUAAAACUAAACCAAGAAGAACUCCUGGUGCCACUGAAGCGCAACUAGGAUCUUCUAAUAUACCUCAGUCGCCAUUCUUGAGAUCCACAUAG